AACUCGUAGAUGGGCGUUGAGAGCCAGACUGCAGCCACAUAAUAGUCUGGACUGCGAUUGGAGAGAGCAAGUGCGCACGGACGCAGACGCAGGAGAUAUCGGAGGCAGGCACCAAACAGAACAGAGCUCAUCAUAGUAUCUGAUUUAACUGUAUUUGGGAAUCAAUUCAGAUUAGAAAGAAAAAACGUUCCAAUUGAGAAACGGAAGAAGAAGGAGUGAAAAUGGGACAUACAGUGUUACCCAUUUUGAUGGCCGUAUUAUCCCAUUGCAUGUGGGGAAAUGUCGAGGCCUUGGCCGUGGCUGAGGUGAAUGGACCGGGGCCCCUGGUGGCCGAGCCACAGAUUGCCAUGUUCUGUGGGCGUCAGCUGCUGCACAUGAACCCUGAGACUGGCCAAUGGGAGCCUGACCCUCAGGGCCGCCAGGGAUGCUUUACAGAGCCCAACCAGAUCCUGUCCUACUGCCAAGAGAUGUACCCAGCCCUACAGAUCUCCCAUGUGGAGGAGUCCUCCAGCCCCGUCACCAUCCCAGCCUGGUGUAAGAAGGGCUGGGGCCACUGCCAGACACGCCCCUUCAUCGUCAUGCCCUACCGCUGCCAGGUGGGUGAGUAUGUGAGUGAAGCCCUGUUGGUUCCAGACCGAUGCCGUUUCCUGCACCAGGAGCAGAUGGAUGUCUGUGAGAGCUACGUCUACUGGCACAACAUAGCCAAGGAGGCCUGCACAGCAGACAGUCUGGAGCUGCAUAGUUAUGGGAUGCUGUUGCCGUGCAGUGACCGUUUCCGUGGGGUGGAGUAUGUGUGCUGCCCGGGGAGGGGCGGGUCCAGUGGCAGGGGGGAGACCGAGGGAGGGGAUGUUCUCCCAGCAGGACCCCAGGCCCUCACCCCUCAGGUCAAAGUCAACACAGGUGUCAAAGUGACAACACCCACCACAAGCCCCUCUCCUGACACUGAUGUGGACGCGGCAGACAUGGAGGAGGAAGAUGAUGAGAUGGUGGAAGAGGAUGAGCAGGUGGUGGAGGAGGAGGAGGCAGUAGAAGAUGAGGAGGAGGAGGAGGAUGAAGAGGAGGAGGAGGAACAGCAGCAGGAGGUUGAAGAAGCAGCAGCAGUGAAGGAGGAGUAUGAGUACUCCAUUGACUCUGGCCCCUACCAGGCUUCUGACUACACAGACUCCUUCUACUAUGAGAAAGGCCAGGGUCAGACUGGUCGCAACCCCUCCACAUCCCCACCCCAGACCAGGGGAGACAGCCUACCCACCCCUCACCCCACAGAUGGCGUGGAUGUUUACUUCGAGAUGCCAGGGGACGACAGCGAACACGCCAACUUCCUGCGUGCCAAGAUGGACCUGGAGGAGCGGCGAAUGAAACGCAUCAAUGAGAUCAUGAAGGAAUGGGCUGAGGCUGACAACCAGUCCAAGAACCUGCCCAAGUCUGACCGCCAGGCCCUUAAUGAGCAUUUCCAGUCUGUGUUGCAGACUCUGGAGGAGCAGGUGGCAGGGGAGAGACAGAGGCUGGUGGAGACCCAUCUGGCCCGCGUGGUAGCCACCCUCAACAACAACCGCAGACUGGCCUUGGAGAGCUACCUGACCGCUGUGCAGGCCGAGCCCCCUCAGCCGGAGCAGGUGCUGCAGUCUCUGAAGCGAUACAUGGCAGCAGAGCAGAAGGACCGCAGACACACUCUGAGACACUACCAGCACAUUGAGGCCGUCGACCCCCAGAAAGCUGAGCAGAUGAAGUUCCAGGUCUACACCCACCUCCAUGUGAUUGAGGAGAGGAUGAACCAGAGCUUGGCAUUACUCUACAAGGUCCCUGCCUUGGCUGAGGAGCUGCACGAUGAUAUCCAGGAGCUGGUGAAGGCGGAGCGAGGAGAUAUCAGUGAGCUCAUGACCACUUCCUUCUCUGAGACGCGCACCACCGAGGAGCUGCUUCCUGCCGAGAGUGAGGAGGAAAAGGAUGACGAGGAGGAGGAGGAGAGAGCCUUCCAGAACAGGCCCUACCCACCUCGCAUCGACCCACAGUCCAACACUAAGAAAGCCUCUACAGAUGAGUAUGACUAUGCCACAUCUGAGAGAAGCCCCACAUAUGAAUAUGAGGAGAAAAUUAACACCUCUCUAGAGCUCAAGCAGGUGGUCUUCAAGUCUCCUGAGAUCCAGACCGAUGAACUGCAACCAGACGCCCUGGAGACGUUCAACCGCGGGGCCAUGGUGGGGUUGCUGGUGGUUGCCGUGGCCAUCGCCAUGGUGAUGGUGAUCAGUCUGUUGCUGGUGCGCAGGAAGCCGUAUGGCACCAUCAGCCACGGCAUCGUGGAGCAGGUUGACCCCAUGCUGACCCCAGAGGAGCGCCAACUAAACAAGAUGCAGAACCACGGCUACGAAAACCCCACCUACAAAUUCUUUGAGCAAAUGAACUGAGGCGAUGGGUGUGGCCUCCCGGUCAUGCCCAAUCACACGAGGCGCUCCCUUUCCUUGUUCCCCUCCUAGAGGUGGUCCCAGUCACACCGCCUAUGAUGUAUUAAGAUGUAUCAUUACGACCAACACUUUAAUGUAACUUGACAAGCAAAUAGGGCGGUAUACGCCCCAAACCUCUGACCAACCAUGUCCCCACAUCAGUUUUGGAAUGUAAACCAGUAACAGAGAUGUAUUACCAGCUGAUCCAUCCUCUUACUCUUCUGGUCUAGAAUAAAGGGGUGGACAUUAAUGCCACAGUGUAACAAUCAUCUCCUUUGGAGAGAUUCACUUCUGUCUGCUUGGAUAGGAAUGCCAUUGGAAUGGCUUGAGUUGACCCCCUUAUUCUUAAUCAAAUUGGAUUGAUAUUUGUCAGAAACUGACUGACUCAAUGUUGAACACUGCAUUUUGCUUUGUUGUGUGUGUCAUCUGUUUAUUCUUUGUUUUUGUGUUACAGCUCUGAUUCAUUAUAUUCCACUUCAGAUAAAUGGUGGAAAAUGUGAACAAACAAUAUAGUCUGAUUAUAGUAUAACUGAUUUAAAUCUCCAUACAAACUGGUUCUCUAUCUAAAGCUACAAUGACUCUGACGUGAUGACCACCAAGCCAACCCCACCUCCAUGAGUCAAUGUAGGACAUCUUCUUUCAAAGCCAGGCACAGUUGUAAAGGUUAAGCAGAGAUGAGGAGGUUGGGAACGUGAGGUAUUGAAGCUUGAUUAACUUAGUUGUUCCUUACACCCACAUAUAUUAUCAAUCCAUGGUAAUAUGGGUUGGUGAUCUUUUGAUAUUAAGCCCAAUCUCAUCUCCUUCAGUCUGUGGCAUCUGACACAACUGGCACCCAGAGCCUGUUCUAUGCGGAUGUGAACUAUAGAAUUGAACUAAUGUACCAAAUGUUCCGUUAAGUGAAUGACUGCUACCUAAAAAAUGGUAACAAAGUAAUGAGAAGUCUAUUGUUUUAAUGAAAGCAUGCAGAUUUGGUGUUUGAUGCUACCGUCUUUGUGUUCCUGGUCUUUGCUUUUGAUCAAAUGGAAAUGUGACAGAUUAAAAUAGACAGUGUAAAUAUCUUUAGAAAAAAAAAACAUCUUCAAAAUAGACAUUUCUAGAAUGAUUUUGCAUCAGUGUAAUGGAAUAAAAAAUAAAAAAAGAAUACCUUGUGCUGUUCAGAGCGAGAACAUUUUCCUAACAUGGCUGAUUGAAAACGGACUGUUGUAAAAAACCAGCACAAGACGAUACAGUUAACUUCUGACUGAAUGUAUUUUAGGUAGACGUUGAGACUCCAUUUCUUCUUCGGUAGGGCAUCACUCCCCUAGUAGAACCCCAAGGACUAACCGGUAAUCAGUAGACAAGCUACAUAUCCAAUACCUUCCUCAUCAUCUCACUGUAGUUUAUUAACAAUGGAUGUCUCUUUUCACUAUUUGCAGGUCUGAAUGAGAACAGUGGGAUGUCAUUCAUUAUUUUGGUGCAAUGGACUUUAGCAUUAGGGAACAUAGUGAUGUUGGCAACAUGGUGGUAUUGGGUAACAGUUGCAUGUAAAGGAGGUAUGCCGAGGACUGGACUAUUGCUCAGAUUGGGUGGGACCACAAUAUUUGCUCGAGCACACCUUAGUGAGUUAUCUUCAGUUUAUUGCUUCAAAUUCAAGUUGAAUCUUUAUUAGGGACAUAGCCGGUUUCAGGCAGGAUGAACAUACAAUACAGAACAUAUAGACGCUGUAUAAACACCAGUUGAAUGUUAGUCUACUAGGGAGAAGUGUUGCGUCUCACUGAAGUAUCUGUCACCGUUAUUAUGAUCAAUAUCAUUCACUGUAUAUAGAUAAGAAGGGAUUGUCCACUUUUCAAUGGCUGAUUGUUGCCUCUUGGAUGGGUUUUAUGUUGAAUUUAUUUUCCACUACAUGAUUUUGGCACCAGAGAGAGUUCUCUGUGUUGGAUGGUCACAUACACAGUAGGAGGUUUCUUCGUAAUCUACAGUGUCAAAUCCAACUACUGUUGGCCUACUGUACUACAGAGGAUCCUAACCAAAACCAAUCAUCCUUCACUACUCUCAGAAUUCUGAAAAUAGCACUUUGUAAAACACCACCACUCCUGACACAUCCUUAGAGGUUCAUAGUUUAUUUAUAACUCAUGGCUAGGUUGUUCUGCUGUGUACUCCAUGAAACCACUGGCGACACGAGGGAGUCAAUUAUUGAUCACAUCAGAGGAGAGAUGUGGCUGACUCACCUUCAUCAGCUCAAACCGUUCUGUUUCUUUAUUCAAACACUGCUUUGAAUAUGGGGAAGAGGAGUUCAAAUGCUUGAACUAAAUUUGAAUUUUCCAUGUAUUGCUUUUGGAUUGUAGGAAUCACAGGUUGUGGUUACUGCAUCAAGAUCAUUAGAUAGCUGAGAUAGGCUUUGUAUAAUUUGUACAGGUCCGUUUAGUGAAUGAAAACAUGGUACGUUCACAGUUUAAGUCAGUUGAACCUUGUAUCGAUACUACUGAAACCAUAGAAGAGAAUAAGCUUGCCUGUGUUUCCCCAAAGAUUCAAGGUUUUCCUACCAGCAUUUAGCAGAUGUAGAAUGGUGUAUACUGUAGUGACUGAACACCUAUUUGUAUGUCCUCUCUUGAUUAAGAUACUUCUAUGUUGGCCUUUCUCCCCACCAGAGAAAAUAUAAACAAUUAUAUGGAGAGUUUAAAUGCUGCAUUAUUGCCUUUUACAAUGCUGUGUUUUGGAUGUAAUUAUGUAUUUUUUAUUUGAGUAAUUAUCAAUUGGAUUGAGGGUCAUGUUUUCUCACUGUAUGAAAAAUGUAGUAGCUUGUUUAAGGCACCGUAAAGAGGUUAAAUGUCUAACCUGCAUUUCAGAUACAGUAGACCUACACUGUCUAAGUGCAUUGUUGGGCCAGUAACCGAAAGGUUGCUGGAUCGAAUCCCCGAGCUGACAAGGUUCAAAUCUGUCAUUCUGCCCCUGAAAAAUGCAUUUAACCCACUGUUCCCUGGUAGGCCGUCAUUGUAAAUAAGAAUUUGUUCUUAACUGACUUGCCUAGUUAAAUAAAUGUUCAAUUUAAAAAUAAAAAAGUCUAAAUUGUCCAUGGUGUGGCGCCAAGCACAACUGAACAAAAUAUUGCUCUAUGUCAGACAGAUACUGACUGUAUAUAAUGUGAACUCCCACCGUUUUGACUAUACUCUGAUUGGAAUGAGGGAGCUGAUCUUCAAAUCCAUUCAGAACUUGACCAAAGACAUACUCUGCUCUAGAAGAGGUCAGACAACUGACUAAUUUGGCCAAUUGUCCUGAGCUAUGUAGAAUGUAAUUCAUGUGCAAGAAAUCUGAGCAAUGGAGAUCUGAUUAAGCUAAUUAAAACUGUAAUAAAAUUACAACUGACCCACAAAA